GUGAUUUUCCCACUACCCCACGGACACCACUCUACACCAACUCUAUCUCGAUUAUUCGUAGCCAUACAACCAUAACUAACGACAACAUGCCAGCUGCUGCCGGCGAAACCAUCUGUGUCACCGGCGCCGGCGGCUUCAUCGCCUCAUGGAUGGUCAAACUCCUCUUGCAGAAAGGCUACACUGUGCGAGGAACUGUCCGAAACCCCGAUGAUCCCAAAAAUGGUCACCUGAGAGAGUUGGAAGGAGCAUCUGACAGGCUUACUCUGAUCAAGGUUGACCUCCUUGAACUCAACUCUGUCAGAGCUGCUGUUCACGGCUCUCAUGGCGUCUUUCACACUGCCUCUCCCGUCACUGAUAACCCCGAAGAGAUGGUGGAGCCGGCGGUGAAUGGAGCCAAGAAUGUGAUCAUAGCAGCUGCAGAAGCUAAGGUGCGGCGCGUGGUUUUCACCUCCUCAAUUGGCGCCGUCUACAUGGACCCUAAAAGGAGUGUAGAUUCAGUGGUUGAUGAGUCUUGUUGGAGUGAUUUAGAGUUUUGCAAAGACACCAAGAAUUGGUAUUGCUAUGGGAAGGCUGUGGCUGAGCAAGCAGCAUGGGACACAGCAAAAGAGAAAGGGGUGGACUUGGUUGUGGUGAACCCGGUUCUGGUUCUUGGACCAUUACUCCAACCAACCAUCAAUGCGAGCACGGUUCACAUACUCAAGUACCUAACCGGUUCGGCUAAGACCUAUGCAAAUGCCACACAGGCUUAUGCGGAUGUUAGGGAUGUGGCGUUGGCACACAUACUUGUUUAUGAGAGGCCAGAAGCUUCUGGUCGAUACAUAUGUUCUGAGUCUUCACUGCACCGUGGAGAGCUUGUUGAGAUUUUGGCCAAGCAUUUCCCUGAGUACCCAAUGCCUACCAAGUGUAAAGAUGAAAAGAAUCCAAGAGCAAAACCGUACAUAUUUUCAAAUCAAAAGCUGAAAGAUUUGGGAUUGGAAUUCACUCCAGUGAGUCACAGUUUAUAUGAGACCGUUAAGAGUCUGCAAGAGAAAGGUCACCUUACGAUUCCUAAGCAAGAAGAUUCUAUUGCAGUGAAAUCCUAAACAAGUUUGAUUCAGAACAAGAAAAAGCAUUUUAUAGCAAUCUGGGAUCUGGGGUCAUGUUAAAUUAUGGGGAAUGUUGCAGUUAGAUGACAGUAUUUGGAUGUUGUAAGGACAUCAUGUGAGUUGUUGCAGUGUCUGUCCGUAUUUAAUACUAAAGGAUUUCAUUCCCCUCUAUGAAAUUUUCUUUUCCACAAA